GAAUCUCACUCAUCUCUCAGAAAAAAUGGUAGCAAGAAAGUUCGUCAUCCACCAUGAAGACUCGAGCUUUGAAAUCGACUACAACACAGAAGAUGGUCUUGAGGUUCUACAAUUUCAGAUUUUCUCCGUCACUUUUGUUCCUCCUGAUGAUCAAAAGAUCGUUGCUGAAGAUGAUGAUCGAUUGAUAGUGUCGGAUGGUACUGAUCUCGGUUCUAUAUCCGAUAAGCUUCGGUUGCUCUCUAUUGGAGGAAACUCUGAGGAGAAGUCAGAAGGAGUCUCUGGUGAGAAUCAGCAAUCCGAUGUGGAUAUGGUUAAAGCAGACGAAGAGUUUGCACGAAUGUUGCAGGCAGAAGAAGAGGCGAUGAUGUUUCAACAGUUUGUUGCUCAACAAGAUAACGGUGAAUUCGAGAGGAGGAUAAGGCCUUAUGUCAGCCAAGUCCUCAUGUAUGAAGAUCCAGUCCGUCAAGAAGCUGCUCGAAAGACUGUUCCUAAAGAUGAGCUUGAGGAGAAAGCUUUGGUUUCUCUCGCCAAGGAGGGGAAUUUCGAGCCAUCGAAAGAGGAAAAACACUAUGCUUUCCUGCUUCAGCUACUUUUCUGGUUCAAAAGAUCCUUCAGUUGGGUAAACGAACCUUCUUGUGACUAUUGCGGUAGCAAAACCAUAGGCCAGGGGAUGGGAACCCCACUCACCUCUGAACUUGCUUAUGGAGCAAGUCGUGUUGAACUAUAUCGAUGUACCUCGUGUCCAACGAUAACUCGGUUCCCUCGGUACAAUGAUCCGCUAAAGCUCGUAGAAACAAAGAGAGGUCGUUGCGGGGAAUGGGCCAACUGUUUUACCCUUUACUGCCGCACGUUUGGCUAUGAUUCUCGUUUGAUUAUGGACUUCACUGAUCAUGUGUGGACGGAAUGCUUCUCUCACUCAUUGGGAAGAUGGAUCCAUCUUGACCCUUGUGAAGGAGUGUAUGACAAACCCAUGCUAUAUGAGAAAGGAUGGGGUAAAAAACUGAACUAUGUUAUCGCUAUUUCCAAGGACGGGGUGUGUGAUGUCACUAAGCGAUAUACAAAGAAAUGGCAUGAGGUUUUGUCUAGACGAACUCUCACAACUGAAUCAUCUCUGCAAGCUGUUCUUCGUACCCUUACACGUGAAAGGAGAGCUAUGUCCCGCUCUUUAGCUGCGCUUGAAGUCCGAGACAGAAACGAGGAGGAAGAGCUCGAGAGAAACCUGCAUUCACCAGAUGAUGCAUCAGUUUCUUUACCCGGAAGGCAAAGUGGGGACAAGGAAUGGCGCAUUCAGAGAUCAGAGUUCGGUUCUGACGAAAACAGCUCUGUCAGCUCUUCCUCUUGCCCGGUCCGCACAUGCGUUGAUGGCCAUGUGACCAAUAUCUAUGACUCAUUUCAACCUAUCUUAACACAGUUCGUUGAGGAUGGUUUACCUGUAGCGAGAGCAGUUGAGGUGCUUAAUGUGAUCAAGCAAGUCCUAGUGGAUCUGAAGAGUGUUUCUUUUAAAACGAGGAAGGCUCGCUUGUCUUUAGAUUCAGACAGCAUUCUGCCAGCACUUGAAAGUUUUCUUCUUGCUCUUUCUUUGAAGAGUGAAAAAGACACAGACGGUAAAAGUCUCACUGUAGGCUUGGGGGGUAACCCCACAAAAACGGCUUUGGCAUUGCCAGUUGCAUUGGACGCUUUAAGGGAACUGGUCACUGACCUCAGCAAGUGCCAACAAUUGAACAAAGAUACACUGUCUUUUCCGUUUCUGAAACAGAACAGGGUAUGCUCUGGUUCUGUCCUCGCAAGUGGUGAAGAGCUUCCUUCUGGCAUUGCAACCGCUGCUUUUGAUGGAAUCCAAGAGUCAAAAUGGGAGGAGCCAAAUGGUGCAAAAGGCUGUUGGAUCAUGUACAAAACACUCUACAACCAGGUGCAAGAACUCGUAGCAUACGAGCUCAUGUCUGCAAAUGAUGCCCCAGAGAGAGACCCCAAAGAUUGGGUUCUUGAAGGAAGUAACGAUGGUGGAUCGACAUGGCAAGUUUUAGACAAGCAAACUAGCCAGGUAUUCGACGAGAGGUUUCAACGCAAAUCCUACAAAAUAACAUCACCAGGGUUCCAAGCUAAUCUCUUCAGGUUCCGGUUUCUGUGUGUACGAGACGUGAAUUCAACUUCCAGACUACAACUAGGGAGCAUCGAUCUUUACAAGAGCGACCAUUAACCAAAAAGAUGCACGUUAAAUGUAUCUAUGUAUAACUAUAUAUAUAUACCAAACUCAUUCAUCAUUGUCUUCACUUUCUGCAAAAUGAUGUCUUGGUAUUGUAUUGUUAAAGGAACAACUUCAUGAUACUAUAUAACAGCUCUUUCUUUUCUCUUGUCUGUGUACUCUGUUUCCUCUCUGUUUCUGUUAGCAAAUAAUAAAAAGAGUG